GUUCCACCUCUAGUGUGCUGGUGUUAAAUUAAAAAAACGAAAACAAAUCGGAAAAAGACGGAAGUGAGUGCUUUCUGCUGACGCCGGUGCUGUGCUGAAAUCGCCUCGCCAAAAUAGUCAAAUUCCUCGAGUGAGAUACCGAUUGCAAAGCGUAGCAGCGAAACGGAGAGUAGUGAAAAACCCCACGGCAAACAUGGCACUGAAGAAAGUGAAGGGUAACUUUUUCGAGCGUAUGUUUGAUAAAAACCUCACCGAUUUGGUGCGCGGCAUUAGGAACAACAAGGAUAAUGAGGCCAAAUACAUAUCGACGUGCAUCGAGGAGAUCAAACAGGAGCUGCGACAGGACAAUAUCAGUGUCAAGUGCAAUGCGGUGGCCAAGUUGACCUACAUACAAAUGCUGGGCUACGACAUCUCCUGGGCGGGCUUCAACAUCAUCGAGGUGAUGAGCUCAUCCAGAUUCACCUGCAAGCGAAUUGGUUACCUGGCGGCCAGUCAAUGUUUCCAUCCGGAUAGUGAGCUCCUCAUGCUGACCACCAAUAUGAUACGCAAGGAUCUCAACUCACAGAACCAAUACGAUGCCGGUGUGGCGCUGAGUGGACUUAGCUGCUUCAUAUCACCCGAUCUGUCCCGCGAUUUGGCCAAUGAUAUUAUGACACUGAUGAGCUCCACAAAGCCGUAUCUGCGCAUGAAAGCCGUCCUUAUGAUGUAUAAAGUAUUUCUACGCUAUCCCGAAGCAUUGAGACCUGCAUUUCCCAAACUCAAGGAGAAACUGGAGGAUCCAGAUCCAGGUGUUCAAUCAGCUGCCGUGAACGUUAUUUGCGAAUUAGCGCGUAAGAAUCCAAAAAACUACCUGCCCCUAGCGCCCAUCUUCUUCAAACUAAUGACCACAUCGACCAACAACUGGAUGCUGAUCAAGAUCAUCAAGCUGUUUGGCGCUUUAACCCCCUUAGAACCCCGGCUAGGAAAGAAAUUAAUAGAACCACUCACAAAUCUAAUUCAUAGCACCUCGGCGAUGAGUCUCCUGUACGAGUGCAUCAACACGGUGAUCGCGGUGCUCAUCAGCAUCAGCAGCGGCAUGCCCAACCACAGUGCCUCCAUCCAGCUCUGCGUGCAGAAGCUGCGCAUCCUCAUCGAGGAUUCGGACCAGAACCUGAAAUAUCUUGGACUGUUGGCCAUGUCGAAGAUCCUGAAGACGCACCCGAAGAGCGUGCAGGCGCACAAGGACCUCAUCCUCGCCUGCCUGGACGACAAGGACGAAUCAAUUCGCCUGCGCGCCCUGGACCUGCUCUACGGCAUGGUCUCGAAGAAGAACCUCAUGGAGAUCGUUAAGCGUCUGCUGGGUCACAUGGAGCGUGCGGAGGGAUCCGCCUAUCGGGACGAAUUGCUCUACAAGGUGAUCGAGAUAUGCGCCCAGAGUUCCUACCUGUAUGUGACCAACUUUGAGUGGUAUCUCACCGUGCUCGUGGAGCUUAUCCAGCUGGAGGCGGGCUCGCGACACGGUCGCCUGAUUGCAGAGCAACUGCUUGACGUGGCCAUCCGCGUGCCCGUGGUGCGGCAAUUCGCCGUCAAUGAGAUGACCAACCUGCUGGACACGUUCACCGUAUCGGCGCAAAGUAACUCCAUGUACGAGGUGCUCUACGCCGCCGCCUGGAUCGUUGGCGAGUUUGCCGGCGAGCUGGAGGAUGCGGAGAAGACGCUCAACAUCCUGCUCCGUCCAAGGCAACUGCCCGGUCACAUCCAGGGUGUCUAUGUGCAGAACGUGAUCAAGCUGUUUGCCCGCCUGGCCACCACGUGUUUGGAGGUUCAGGAUCUGCCGGGAUUAGUAAGACUCUGCGAUCAUGUGCUGGAUAAGCUGCAACACUUCAUUGGUUCCAACGACAUUGAGGUGCAAGAGAGGGCCAAUUCCGCUUGCAUGCUGAUCGAGAUGCUGCGUAACCAACUGACCACGACGGACGAUGCCCUGGCAAUGGAUACUGCGACGACGGAGGGCUGCAUUCCGCCACUGGCCAUUGAGAUUGUUCAGGAGAUGACACUGCUAUUCGCUGGCGAGCUGAUACCGGUGGCGCCCAAGGCGCAACGGAAGGUGCCCCUGCCGGAUGGCCUCGAUUUGGACGAGUGGAUCAACGCACCGCCACCGGAGGAUGCGGCGAGCAGUUCCUCCUCGGAGCAUGACAAGGAUGAGCUCUUUGUUAGCGCCUCGCAAGGCGGCACGGGCGUUGAUGGUGGCGGUGGCAGUGGUGGAGGAGGUGGCGGGGGCAAGCGGCGCCAGAGUCUGGAGCUGACGCCCGAACAACUGGAACGGCAGCGGAUGGCACGGCUCAUCGAGCAGUCAAACAAUCCUCACUACCUCAAGUCCACGCCGACGGCGAGUGGUGGCUCGGCGAAUGCCGAUCAGUAUGACAAUAUCGACGACAUACCCAUCACGGAGCUGCCGCUGGACAUGGAGGGCGUGGCCGCUCUGCGCGUGGGCAUUGUCAAGCGAUCGGAUAAGUACCUGCAGGAGCAACAGGCGGCUUCACAGGGCGGCAAGGAUGGCAAGAAAAAGCAUAAAAAGGGCAAGAAGAGCAAAAAGGCUAAGAACAAAGUGGCAUACAACAGCAGCUCCGAAUCGGAGGGAGAGCCGAAGCCCUUGCACAUUGUGAACACCACGCUGGACAUGCCCGAGGGUGUUUCCAUGUCGGACAGCGAGGACAAGGACGGCAAAUACGAUCCAAAUGAUCCGCAUCGAGCCCUGGACAUUGAACUGGACAUAACGGACUUUGAGGCGCCCGCGGUGAGGUCCUCGUCCAAGAAGUCUGCGGCGGGUAAAGAGAAUCUCAAUGUGCCAGCGCAGUUGGCCGACGGCAGCAGUAGCACCUCCAAGAAGGAUCGGAAAAAAGACAAGGAUAAGGACAAGGACAAGGACAGGAAGGCGAAGCGGGUACACCGGGAGAGCAAGCGGGAACGCAAAGAGCGCGCUGCCCAGCCGGUGAUUGAUCUCAUCGAUGCCGACACGCCCACUCCAAGUCCCAGCCACACUUCCGCCCCCAGCAACAGCAACGACAACAACAAUACUUCAAGCCUCCUUCCAGAUGCUGCCGCCAAGCAUCACAAAAAGAAGAAGAACAAGGAGAAGUCGCGGGAAGUGGGGCACGAAGAAUCGACAACCGCUGCCGCCGGCAUCAGCAAUGUGGAGGUGGAGCCGGAGGAGCAGGUGGCGUCCAAGGCGCACAAGAAGAAGCAUAAAAAGGAGAAGUCGCAGCGCAAGGAGAAGAAGGCUUCCGAAUCUGCAUCAGCAUCCGUAUCCGCAUCCGCAACCGUUUCGGCCAGCGAAUACGAACAGCCACUGGGAAUCUCAACGCCCAGCAAAGAGAUUUUUUAAUUGCUAAGCUCCAAGUUCCACUAUUAUAAUUAUCAUUAAUACGAUUGUGAAAACCUUGUUUUUUUUGUGUCGAUUUAUUAGGCGUUUAUUUUAAAAACAAAUUUGAGAAAGGAGCUUCAGACUUUCCAUCUUCAUUGAGUUGAAACAAUUGCCUCCUAACAAAAAACUAAACAAAUUAUCGCUGCGAUAUAAAAACAAAACCAACAUUGAACAAAUUUAAAUGCUAAAAAGAAAACUAAAUCCACAUAAACCGUAUAUAUACAUAAUUAUUAAAAUAUAGAACUGUAAUUUUAAAUUGUAAAAUGCCGCCAGUCUGCCAAUUGCGGCUUAAAAAAAGAAACAAGUAUCAAACGGAAAAAAGAUGGCUGGAAAAUCACUAUAUAAAACUAUAAAUCAUAAAUCGAUGCAGAUCGAUUCUUGUGUACUAUCUAUUUUUGAUGAAUUUGUAGCCUAGAGCAUGCGAUUCCACUAAAAACACACCCACAAAAACACAGACAAUUAUAUACCUAUAGUUAUAUAAUAUGGAAUUUUAUAAAGAAUCCCACACAGAAUAGAAACUGCAUGGAUUGUAAAAAACAUAAACAAAUUAUAUAUGUAUACAUGUGAACCAUAUGAAUCAAAUAUAAAGUACUGCUAUACCAUAAUUACUAACUAAAACUGAGACAGAACGGAACAGAAGCUAAGUGAAAUUAUACAUACAUACAUGCUAUAUUAUAUACAAACACCCACAAACACCCACAUACAAGUAUAUAAACGUUAAAUAAAUGAAAAGUUGGAAAUUCA